GCCAUGGAGCCCCGGGUCCUGCUGAGAACGUGCGGGCUGAUCCUCUGGCUCGGAGCGGUCUGGGGGUUUGGGGUGGACCCUUCCCUGCAGAUCGACGUCUUAACGGAGUUAGAACUCGGGGAGUCCACGGCUGGAGUGCGCCAAGUGCCCGGGCUGCAUAAUGGGACGAAAGCCUUUCUGUUUCAAGAUACUCCCCGAAGCAUCAAGGCAUCCACCGCUACAGCUGAGAAGUUUCUUCAGAAGCUGAGAAACAAACAUGAAUUUACCAUUUUGGUGACCCUGAAACAGAUGCGCUUAAAUUCAGGAGUUAUCCUCUCUGUUCACCACUUGGACCACAGAAUUUAUGAAAGAGUGGUGGAAAAGCCCUCUACAGACUUGCCUCUGGGCACAGCAUUUUGGUUGGGACAGAGAAGUAAUGCACAUGGAUAUUUUAAGGGUGUCAUGCAGGAUGUGCACUUGCUGGUCAUGCCCCAAGGGUUCAUUGCUCAGUGCCCGGACCUCAACCGCACCUGUCCAACGUGCAAUGACUUCCAUGGACUGGUGCAGAAAAUCAUGGAGCUUCAGGAUGUUUUAGCCAAAACAUCAGCCAAGCUGUCUCGAGCUGAACAGCGCAUGAGCAGGCUGGACCAGUGCUACUGUGAGCGGACUUGCACCCUGAAGGGGGCCACCUACCGAGAGUUCGAGUCCUGGACAGACGGCUGCAAGAACUGCACGUGCCUGAAUGGAACCGUCCAGUGUGAAACGCUGAGCUGCCCCGCUCCCGACUGCCCGCCCAAGUCGGCCCCUGCGUACGUGGACGGCAAGUGCUGCAAGCAGUGCCAGCCAAUAUGCCAGUUUCAAGGACGAACCUACUUUGAAGGAGAGCGCAGUACAGUCUAUUCUUCCUCUGGAGUGUGUGUUCUUUACGAGUGUAAGGACCAGACCAUGAAGCUUCUGGAGAGUUCGGGCUGUCCAGAUUUGGAUUGUCCAGAGGCGCACCAGAUUACCUUGUCUCGUAGUUGCUGCAAAGUUUGUAAAGGUUAUGACUUCUGUUCUGAGCGGCACAACUGCGUGGAGAAUUCUGUUUGUAGAAACCUAAACGACAGGGCUGUGUGCAGCUGCCGUGAUGGCUUUCGGGCUCUUCGGGAGGACAAUGCCUACUGUGAAGACAUCGACGAGUGUGCAGAAGGGCGCCACUACUGUCGGGAGAACACCAUGUGCGUCAACACCCCCGGCUCCUUCAUGUGCAUCUGCAAGACCGGGUACAUCAGAAUCGAUGACUACUCGUGCACAGAGCAUGACGAGUGUGUCACAAAUCAGCACAGCUGCGAUGAAAAUGCUUUAUGCUUCAACACAGUCGGAGGACACAACUGUGUUUGCAAGCCUGGCUACACAGGCAAUGGAACCACGUGCAAAGCAUUUUGCAAAGACGGCUGUAGAAACGGAGGCGCCUGUAUUGCUGCCAAUUUGUGUGCCUGCCCGCAAGGCUUCACCGGGCCCCACUGUGAGACAGACAUCGAUGAGUGCUCGGAUGGCUUCAUCCAGUGUGACAGCCGCGCUAGCUGUGUCAACCUGCCGGGAUGGUACCACUGCGAGUGCCGAGAUGGCUACCAUGACAACGGGCUGUUUGCACCUGGGGGAGAGUCCUGCGAAGAUAUCGACGAGUGCGGGACUGGCAGGCACAGCUGUGCCAAUGACACCAUUUGCUUCAACUUGGACGGUGGCUAUGAUUGCCGGUGUCCUCACGGAAAGAACUGCUCCGGGGACUGCGUCCACGACGGGAAGGUCAAGCACAGCGGCCAGAUUUGGGUGCUGGAAAGUGACCGGUGCUCCGUGUGUUCCUGUCAGAACGGAUUUGUUAUGUGCCGACGCAUGGUGUGUGACUGCGAGAACCCAACGGUGGACCUGUUCUGUUGCCCCGAGUGCGACCCAAGGCUCAGCAGUCAGUGCCUCCACCAAAACGGCGCGACCCUGUACGACAGCGGCGACACCUGGGUGCACAGCUGCCAGCAGUGCCGCUGCCUGCAAGGGGAAGUUGACUGCUGGCCCCUACCCUGCCCUGAUGUGGACUGUGAGUUUAGUGUCCUCCCAGAGAAUGAGUGCUGCCCGCGCUGUGUCACAGACCCCUGCCAGGCUGACACUGUCCGUAACGACAUCACCAAAACCUGCCUGGACGAGAUGAAUGUGGUCCGCUUUACGGGAUCCUCUUGGAUCAAGCAUGGCACAGAGUGUACUCUCUGCCAGUGCAAGAACGGCCAAAUUUGUUGCUCAGUGGAUCCACAGUGCCUUCAGGAGCUGUGAAGUUAACUGUCUGAUGGAGAUUUCUGUUUCAAGAAUGCCCUUUCUUUAUGAAGUCCAAAACAAAAGUUAGACUUUAAAUUGGAUGAAUUGUGGGCAGCUACAUGCAGCUUUGUUAAUAGCUGAUUAAACUGAAUUAUAACGUCUGCAGAGCCUGAGAAAAAUCACAAAAGGAAAAUUCCUGGGGGAACUAGACCACAACUCUGCCUCGCCUGUACUUGACAUCACAUCGGCCUGAGAGAAACGUGGGUGGGAAAGCCCACCCUGCACUCACCCUGUGCCCACCCUGACACCCAGAGUGGAAGCCUGAGUCCACUGGAUCUUUGCAAGCCUCUGACUUCGCUGGGCGGAAGCUUUCCCUCUAGAUUAGAAUCUUCAUGAAUCAGUAGGUUCCUCACUGCAAAAACUAAAAUGCAAGGUGGCGAAUGAAUUAUAUUUUCAGAAGUAAAGCAAAGAAGCUAUAACAUGUUAUGUACAGUACACACUUGGAAAAGAAAUCUGAAACAAGUUAUUGUUAUGAUAAAAAUAAUGCACAGGCAUGGUUACUUAAUAUUUUCUAACAAGAAAAGUCACUCCUUAUUUCCUUGUUUUACUGCACUUAAUAUUAUUUGGU